CGCAAAUAAAUAAAGUGGUUUGUUUGCCUCUCUCCUUUCGAUGUGGGGCAAAAGAUUGUUGGAAUUUUUGAGCACAGGGUUGCCUAAUCUAAUGGGCCUAUGUCAUUAUCGAUUAAUGGCUAAUGGACUUUAACUCUUUUCAUGCCCGUGUUUCUUGUUGAAUUGAGUCAUUUACUUUUAACUGUUAUUCCCCUGGUUUGCUGAGGCUAUCAACUUCCUUCUACUCAUUUUAUAUUUACGAGCACUAUAUGAAAGUAAUUUCACCGAAAAAAAGAGAGAAGGAAACUGUGAUAUGUGAAAGUUGAGAUGAAUUAGUGGAAAAGAAGCAGUAAAAGAUUGUGGGACCCUGUAAGCUUCAGCCCAAAGUUCUGACUUCUUGGCUUUCUAGUUUCUGCUGAGAUCUCCUCUGCAGUUUCUUGAGGGUGGGAUAAAGAAGCGGCAGCUAGAAAGUAUGAGACAGGAAAGAAUUGCAGCAGGAAGGCGGAGAAAAUAAGUGCUGAUAAUUAAGCCAGAAUUUGUUGUUGUUUGACAUGUGUUUGUAGAAAAGCCUCAAAAGAACUUAUAUGGCAAUACUGAGGGAGAAAAAGAACACAUCUUUAGCAACUUCACCUUGUGCCCAUCUUAGAGUUGCUUAUCACAACUGCUUCAAUAGAUGGUAUUCUGAGAAGUUUUUGAAGGGUCAAUGGGACAAAGAGGAGUGUGUUUCUGAGUGGCAGAAAUACAGGGAGUGUUUAUCUCAACAUUUAGAUGAUAAGCAUUUGAGUCGAUUCUUGGAAGCAGAUGGCAUUGUAGAUUUGACAAAUCAAGCCGAUUCUAAAAGGCACGAUGGUGCUCCCAAAUGACUUCUUGUUUUUACAAGAUUGUGAUUGAGAUUGUUUUAUUAACGGCUAACUAGGAAUGAGUCUUAUCUGCCUCUCAAAUGGUAUUCCAGUUGUCUGUAACAUCGUGAACUUGUGGUAAGGGUUCUUAAUUCAUCAGUAAGGAUGCAGCUAGUGGUAAGGAAGUUUCCAGCAAACUUGUAUAGGCAGAAACCCAAGUUCCUGGUCUGAGAGUUGGACCAAUUUUCACUUCAUGGUUUUGAGGCAGGCAUUCAUCGACCGAGCUGGCCUUCAUGUUGUAAUGAUGUCAAUGCUUGUUGUUUAGUCUAAUUACAUAUCGCAUUCAUCCUGUUGUCUAGGCGAUCUCUCUUUUUUGUGGACAAUAACAGGAAAAUUAUGUUAUUGGGUUUAAACUUGUGUUUCUUCAAACUUUUUUGGUUAAUCCUUGGGGAGAGGAACAACGAGAUACUGAGCCUAUAUGAACUUUGUUUCUUUA